AUGAAAGGCAUCCAUCUCGUCCUGCUGGCCGUCCUGCUGUGCUCUGAGCAUGCCCUGAGCCUGCAGUGCUACAACUGUACUGAUGUCCAGAAUGUCGGUCCGUGCCAGACCAACACCUUGUGUGAAAUGACACCCAGCGUCUGCUAUCAGGGCAGCAUGAUCUUGACCGCGGCCAGUGGGGAGAUGACCAAGUUACUAUCUACGGGUUGUGUCUCUUCCUGCAAUGAUGUGUCUGAGGAGAUACGGCAGCUUGCAGAGAAGAGGGACCCAUCGGGGGCGUCUAAGUUAGAAGUGCGGAAUGUGGAAUGCUGUGAAACGGACCUCUGUAACGGGGUGACCCAGGUGGGGCGCAGCCUCUGGACCCUGGCCGGGGGGCUCCUGCUCAGCCUGGGGCCUGCCCUCCUCUGGACCCUGCUGUGA